CUGUCUUCCACUUAGUUUUGCAUCUUUUCUCCUUCCUUCUGCCCUUCUCCUCCAUUGUUGUCUAUAUAAAGUACACUAAACGCUUCACCAGUCACCUGUGCCUGCCUUCACAAAACGCCUCACCAUUAACAGAGGAGGGGAUGGGAGGAGGGAAUGGGCAGAAAUCCAAGACAGCUCGGGAGAGAAACCUGGAGAAGCUUCAGAAGGCCGCUAAUAAGGGAAGCCAGCUUCAGUCCAACAAGAAGGCCAUGACCAUCCAGGUAUCCUUGCCUAUUAGCUUGGUGUUUUGGUUUGUUGUUUCUGCCGGGACGGUGGCGGCGGUGGGGAUUUUACAGUGCAAAGUGUGCAUGCAGACGUUUAUAUGCACGACGUCGGAGGCCAAGUGUCGGGAGCAUGCUGAAGCAAAGCAUCCUAAGUCUGACGUCUACACUUGUUUCCCCCAUCUCUCUUCCAAGUAAUGGAUGGAACCUGCAAGUUGAAAAUACUUGGAGAGAGAGAGAGAGAGAGAUUAGCUUAUCUAUUAGCAUGUAUGAUCAGUUUGUCCACCGAUGAAACAUGAAUGAAGCAGAUGUUUAUUGGCC